AUGGGAGGUGAGAUUGGAGAGCUGAAGCAGCGGAUAACCGAGCAGAACGACACGAUCUGCAAACAGAGCAACGUCAUCAAGGGACAGGAGGAUCUGAUUCGAGAACUCCAAACCCAGAUGAAGGAAUCGAGCGACGAGCUCCAUCGCGAGAAUAAGGAAGCACGGGUCGAGCUCCAGAACACGCAGAAAGAGCUCCAGGCUACCAAGGAAGAACUCAAGCACAUCCGAACCCAACUGGAAGCCCUGAGUGCAGCAGCUGCGUCAAACCAGAGUAGCGCGCGAGCCUCGUGCGAGCCAACGAAUCUGCGCAGCCUGUCGAUGCAAUCAACGCCGUCCUCAUUCAGCGACACGCUCUAUUGCACGAUCGACACGUCACGAGUCGAACAAGCGAACGAAAGCCGAGCGCAAGCGGGGCAGAUCCGCCAGGCAAUUGAGAGCGAGAUGAGGGCGAAACAGGGCCAGGACGCCUGGAGAUGCGCCGCAGUGGUUAAGGACGCCCGGAACACGGACCGCGUAAAGAUCAUAUGCAGAGAUGAGACUGAACUGCAGCAGGUUAAGGAAGUCGCCCAAAAGACGGCUGUGGUCGGGGCGCGCGUUAUGAGGGACCAACUUUACCCGGUCAAGAUCGACAACGCCAACCGCACGGCGGUCUUGGAUACGGAGGGAAACGUACUGGCCGGGGCAGCCGAGGCGCUAGGCACCGAGAACAACGUGACCAUCGGUAAAAUUUCUUGGCUGAGCAACAAGGAAUCGGGAAAGGCAUACGGAUCGAUGGUGGUUUAUGUCACCAAGGGCAGCGACGCGAAGAAACUCCUGGACGGCCACUAUUUCGACCUUGCAGGAGAAUCGGCCAUCACGAACGUCUUCGAACCACGGGCGGGCCCGAUCCAGUGCUUCAAUUGUCAAGAGAUCGGUCACAAAGCCCUACAGCUCAACGUGCGAAAGCAGGAACCAGUACAACUGAGUUUGAUGAAUGACGGCGACCUGAGGGAGUUUGGAGUGAUAGCGGUCUCGGAGCCGUACGCGCGCACGGUGGAUGGCAGGGUGACAACGAGCCCGACGGGACACAGGAACUGGACGAAGAUGAUACCAACAAGCACACACGACGCACCGUGGCCUAUCCGGAGCAUGUUGUGGGUCCGAAGUGACAUUGAGGCAGAACAGAUGCCCAUCCAGUCGGCCGACCUCACGGCCGCGGUGCUGCGACUGCCCGCAAGGGACGUAUUGGUGGUAUCGGUAUACGUGGAAUGGAACAACGACCAGGCGCUGACGGCCGCGAUGACGCUCUUGGAUGACCUGAUCCGAAAAUUCCGUGAUGGGACCGGCAGGCGUACGGACGUGGUGCUGGCAGGUGAUUUUAACCGCCACGACUUCCUCUGGGGCGGGGAUGAGGUCUCGGCGAGAAGGCAAGGCGAGGGUGAGCCCAUCAUCGACCUUAUGAGCGAGCAUGGCCUCUGCAGCCUGCUGCCAAGGGGCACGAAGACGUGGCAGGGCCCGGAGAGCGAGAGCACGAUCGAUCUGGUGCUCGCGAAGUCGGAGCUGGCGGAUGAGAUGGUGGCAUGCGCCAUACACCCGACCGAGCAUGGAUCGGAUCACCGAGCGAUCCAGACAACAUUCGACGUCGAGAUGCCAGAACGGAGCGCGCCGGAGCGGCUCUUGUUCAAGAAUGCUCCCUGGAUCAUGAUUGCAGCGAAAGUGGAAGAUGACCUGCGGCCGCUUCCCUGGACCGUCGACGUGCAGAUACAGGCGGAUCAGAUGAUGCGAGUCGUCCUGGAGGCAAUACACGAGUUGACGCCUCGAGCACCACCGCUUCCAUAUGCAAAACGCAACCUGACGCGACUGCGGCGGGCGUAUACCUUCUGGCGGAACCAAGCGAGAACGCAGCGGCGCGCUGGUUCGGCUCGGCCGGACUUGGAGCAACGAGCCAAAGAAGCCGCCAAAGAAUACCAUGACGCCAUCAGGAAGCAAAAGACAUCACACUGGGACGAAUUUGUUGCCGAGGACGUGAACAUCUGGAAGGCCGCCAAGUACCUCAAACCUAGCAAGGACGUGGCCGACGACAAGGUGCCGCCCCUGAGGCGGGCAGACGGCUCUACGACGGGAGACAAGGCAGACCAGGUAGAGGAACUGCUUGCCACGUUCUUCCCGCCCUUACCGGCGAGGAUCGAGGCCGAAGGGGAGCGCCCACAACGGGCACCGGUGCCCAUGCCAGACCUGACCCUGGAAGAGAUUGAGGAGAAGGUGAUGGCGGCAAAGCCGUGGAAGGCGCCUGGGGAGGACGGCCUACCAGCGAUUGUGUGGAAGAAACUUUGGCAUGUCGUGAAGUACCGGGUGUGGACUCUUUUCGAUUCGUCGAUUCGAGACGGUGUUGUGCCUCACCAGUGGCGCACGGCAAAGAUCAUCCCGCUGAAGAAGCCGGAGAGAGGAGACUACACGGUAGCCAAGGCGUGGCGGCCGAUCUCGCUCUUGUCGACCCUCGGGAAGGUCUUGGAAGUAGUGGUCGCGGAACGCCUCUCCUACGCAGUGGAGGCCUACGGGCUCCUUCCUGCCAACCACUUCGGGGCGAGGAAACGACGGUCGGCCGACCAGGCGCUGAUGCUCCUGCAAGAACAGAUCUACAAGGCCUGGCGGAUGGGCAGGGUGCUCAGCCUCAUUAGCUUCGAUGUGAAAGGCGCCUACAACGGGGUGUGCAAGGAACGACUACUAGAGAGGCUGCGGGCCAGAGGGAUACCCGAGGGGCUAGUACGGUGGAUCGGUGCCUUCUGUUCCGAGCGGUCAGCAUCCAUCGUGGUGAACGGACAGGCAUCAGACAGACAGGCGCUGCCGCAAGCAGGGCUUCCACAGGGCUCACCGCUGUCACCUAUUCUGUUUCUCUUUUUCAACGCCGACCUGGUGCAGAGAAAGAUCAGCACGGCGGGUGGCUCGGUCGCCUUCGUUGACGAUUACUCGGCCUGGGUGACGGGCCCGACGGCAGAGGCAAACCGGGCGGGCCUCGAGUCAAUCAUCAACGAUGCGCUCGAGUGGGAGAAACGCAGUGGUGCAACGUUUGAGGCGGACAAGACGACCAUCAUCCACUUCACACGAAUGGCCGAGCGCAACAGUGAGACGGCAUACACGAUCAAAGGACAAGAAGUCAAACCGACGAGCAGUGCCAAAAUUCUGGGAGUGAUCAUGGACUCCGAGCUGCGGUACAAGGAGCACAUGGCUAGAGCCGCGGCCAAGGGACUUUCCGCUGCAAUGGACCUACGACGAUUGAGGAUGGCCUCUCCGCGGAUGGCACGGCAGCUGUUCGUGGCGACGGUAGCACCUACUGUGGACUACGCCUCCAAUGUUUGGUCGCACACGUGCGGCUUGAGGGAAGCGGCCUGGCUGGACAAGGCGCAGAGAGUGGGAGCGCAGGCCAUCACCGGAACGUUCCGGACGGUUGCAACGGCAGUGGCCGAGGCCGAGGCCAGUAUACAACCAUAA